AAAAAUCGCUAUGAUAAUGUAAUAGCCUAUGAUCAUACGAGGGUUAAAUUAAAUCCUAUCCCGGAUGAUUUGGGUUCUACAUACAUUAAUGCAAACUUUAUCAAAACGAAUGGCAAAGUAAAGACUAUCAUUGCAACACAAGGACCACUGUCAAAUACAGUGGGUGAUUUUUGGAGAAUGAUCUGGGAACAACGAGUUAAUGUUAUCGUAAUGAUUACUAACAUUGUAGAGAAGGGGAGGCGCAAAUGUGAGAGGUAUUGGCCCGAAAAUGGUAAAAAUCAGACGUUUGGUGCCAUUUCUGUAACCCUUACGAAAGAAACGACGUAUCCUGAGUAUACAAUUCGACAUAUGAAUGUCAAGAAAGUAGAAAGAACAGCAAAGAUGUUUAAUGCCGUAAAGCAAUUUCAUUAUACGUGCUGGCCUGACCACGGUGUUCCAAACAACACUAAUGGCAUUAUGAAAUUUAUUAAAAAG